ACAUCCGUUCUUGCGCAGAGUGUAACACCAACGACAUGGCGCUGACUAAAACUGUCUACAAUCUUCUCUUCAGGAAGACAUCUACCUUUGCUGUAACCAUCAUGGUUGGAGCGGUUUUCUUUGAGCGAUUAUUUGAUCAAGGUGGCGACGCCAUUUUUGAGCAGUUGAAUCGCGGGAAACUAUGGAAACACAUCAAGCACAACUACGAAAUUAAAGAAGAGUAAUAGAACACAGCCCAUGGUUAUGUAAGGCUGGAGAGCAAGUGUUGUUUCCAUUACCAUUCUUCCUGGAUUGAACACCUGAGUCAAGCAGCUAUCAACAUGGACAAUGUGCUCCAAGUCACACCUAGGCAGGAACCGUCUGUCAGAGGACCUGUGGAAACUGACUGACUGUCCAGACCACCACGAAGAUGGAGCGAAGGUUCCUGUCGCCUCGUCCCAUGACUUUCUGAUCAUUUGUAAUGCCCUUGUUGUCCUCUCAGAUUGCAAAUUGUUAAAUUAAAUAUGUGUUGAUGUCUUACAGGC